AUGGAUUUGGCUUUUAAGCCUAUGAGUGAUCAAGCUGGUCGAUUAGUAGAAAAUUCAUGGAAAAGAAUAUUAGCUAUAGCACAAAAUCAUGUUCAAGAAUUUGAGCAAGAUGACAUGUCACAAACAUCCCCCAAUGAAACACGAAGACUUAGUAGAUCCACAUCCAAUUCAAGCGAAAAUCAGCCUUCAUUAGAACCGUCUGAUCAAAGUCAAGUUGAAUUCUAUGAUAGAGAAAGGCAUAUGGUGCAUGCUUUAGAUGCUUUAUUUACACUUGCCUAUGAAGGACCGGGUUAUCUUGCGUUUAUUGGCACCAUCACGAGCAACUUGGACCCUGAUAGCCCAGUAGCCAUGGCAUUCUUGAGCCAUAUUAUAGACAGAGCAGCUUUGCCAUCAAGAGACACCAUGCUUGCUGUUUCACCUGUCAUUAUCUCCAAACUUAACAGAAAACCGAGCCGAAUUCAACGCAUGAUUUCACUCAUCUCCAAUCGGUUUAAACUUGAAAGAUCAUCCAGUAAACGAGAAGCGCUACGGAACCAAGUGUUUGAGACAAACCAUCCUACAUCACCUAAUUUGAUGGCCACUGUUCAAAAUUCGGAACAAACAAAACUUAAGCUGAAUGCAGCCAUUCUUUGGUCUCUUCUUGCCGAAAAAUUUGCAGGCGAGAUGUGCCUUUCUUUAUGGCAUCAAGAUGUGGGUGAUAUGCUGAUGCGAUCCAUAUCGGAUCCACAAGAAGAUUUGAUGGUCCGUAUAUUUUCUUUAUUGGCUUUAGAGAAAUUUGCAUUGACAGGAACGGUCAAGGACAUCAUCAUUGCCCACGAUUUCAAUAUACGUUCCGUCUUACUUUUUGUCGUGAAAGAAUGUGAAGUGGCCAAUGAACAAGAACAAACAACGCCUCAUACAAAAUCAUCACUUACGCUCUCUACACUCAGCAGUCAAUCCACAUCAACCCAUGAAGAUAUUUCGGCAUUUUCGAAUCUUAACAGUUUUGAUUCAAGAUUUAUUCCUCCAAAGGGGCCACUUCGAGAAGAAUGGGCAAAAUACGUCCAGCUAGGAUUAUGCUCGAGGUGGGCUUUAGACCAUGUAUUUAUUGAUGCAAAAAAGAUUACUUGUCCAUGGGAUUUAGAGCAGUCCAGAGUGAUUAUGAACCCUUUUGAUUCUACACCGCAUUUAAAGAUAGGAGGCAAUGGUCUAGAACUUCGAAACGAUCGACCUCAUUUUGAAUCUGUUCGCGCUACUGCCUGUGUCAAACGAGACAAAUGGUACUAUGAAACUUUAUUGUUAAGUAAUGGAAUUAUGCAAAUUGGCUGGGCAACAAGUCGAUGCCGCUUUUCUCCCGAGGAGGGUUAUGGUGUGGGCGAUGAUUGUAAUGGCUUUGCCUUUGACACCUAUCGAACAGCAGUAUGGGCAGAUGGAUCCGCAGUUUACCCACAAAACAAGGUCAAGAUACGGUGUCAAGCAGGCGAUGUGAUUGGCAGUUUCCUUGACCUUGAUAAUGGAUUUUGUUCGUACUAUAUCAAUGGAUGUGAUCUAGGUCUGACAGUUGAAUUUGAGCAUCCAAACAGAAAACACAGUCGAAAGAGUUCAGAAGUGUCUUCUUGUUCCUCUGUGACGCAUGAAUCUACACCUCCGAGCAUAACACAUUCACCAAAACCCACUACGCCCAUCCUAUCGCAAACAAUGGACGACAGCAAGAAAAAGAAAAAGAAUAAAAAGCCUGUGAAAGGUUUAGGUUUAUAUCCAGCUAUUAGCUUAACAACACAUCAACAAGCACUUGUGAAUUUUGGUGAACGGCCUUGGAUGUACCCGCCACCUACCACAGUCAAGUUUCGAGGUAUUCAUGAAGCAGGUGCAUUAGAUCAUGAUUUCAGGAAACGAGUAAUGCGGUGGGUCAAGAAGCGGGGUGUAACAUCACAUGGAAAAUCAUAUCAACCAAUGAACAAGCCUCCCUUAAGGCCUCGCGUGGGUGCAGAUGAUAUAGCACAACAACCAUCACCCGAGUCAGAUAGUACAGAACUAGAAGAAGAAGAGGAGGAGGAGGAGGAGGAGGAGGAGGAUUAUGACUGGGAUGGGCCUCUUUGUACUAUUUGUUUUUCAGAGCCAAAAGAUACAAUGCUUAUGCCUUGUAAACAUGAUGGUAUAGGUGGUCGUUGUGCAAAAGCCUUGAGUUUAUGGUAAGUUGAAUGUGUUCUACAUAAGCUAAUUCUUCCCAGUCCUUUGUGUCGUGCAGAAAUUCAAGACCGAAUACUCUGUGAAGACAU